AUGGCGUUGCUCGAGAAUAGCUGGGUUAAGGUACAACAGAAGACCUUUUCGAAAUGGCUCAACAACAAAAUCAAAGCCCGAAACGUGCAAGUCAACAACCUCAUCACCGACCUCAGCGACGGCAUCAUCCUCAUCCACCUGCUCGAGAGCCUCUCGAAUGAGUCCCUAGGACGCUACGCUUCCCGCCCGAAGCUCCGAGUGCAGCGGUUCGAGAAUGUGAAUAUCGCGCUGGACUUUAUCAAGAGCCGGAAGAUCCAGUUGACGAAUAUCGGCGCAGAGGAUGUGGUGGAUGGGAAUCAGAAGAUUAUCUUGGGCCUGAUAUGGACGUUGAUUCUGAGGUUCACGAUCAGCGAUAUCAAUGACCAGGGGCUGAGUGCGAGGGAGGGGCUGUUGCUGUGGUGUCAGCGGAAGACGGCGUGCUAUGAUGAAGUGGACGUGCGGGACUUUUCGGCGAGCUGGAAUGACGGACUGGCGUUCUGUGCGCUGCUGGAUAUCCAUCGGCCGGACUUGAUUGAUUACGAGAAGUUGGAUAAGUCGGACCAUCGCGGGAACAUGCAGCUGGCGUUCGACAUUGCGUCAAAGGAAAUCGGCAUCCCGGAUCUGCUGGAUGUGGAGGACGUGUGCGAUGUGCCGAAGCCUGACGAGCGGUCGUUGAUGACGUACAUUGCGUACUGGUUCCAUGCCUUCUCGCAGAUGGAGCGGGUAGAGAAUGCUGGGAGGCGGGUGGAGAAGUUUGUAUCGAACAUGCAGGGGGCGUGGGAGAUGCAAAAUAAUUUCGAGCGGAGGAUGAGGGCGCUGCUGCACGAUCUGAGGGAGCAGAGGCUGUAUUGGGAGGAGUCGCACUUUGAUGGCACGUAUGCGGAUGCGAAGGAGCAGAGUAGAGCGUUCAACGAGUACAAGCAGAGGAAGAAGCGGGAUUGGGUAGCGGAGAAGAGUGAUCUGGCCGGCUUGCUGGGCAAUAUCAAGACGAAGCUGAGCACAUACCGACUGCGACCGUACGAGCCACCGGAGGAGCUGAGCCUAGAGUCGCUGGAGAAUGCGUGGAACGCACUCAUGGCCGCCGAGCGAGAUCGCAGCCAAGUGAUCAACAACACCAUCCGCGACAUCAAGAACAACCUCCGGCGCAGCUUCGCCGACAAAGCUAACGACUUUGCCCUCGCCCUCAAAACCAUCAGCACCAGCAUCUCCGGCCUCGACGGCGACGUCGAAGACCAACAACAGCACACCACGCAAAUCCAACGCAACCUCCCACCACUCGACCAAUACCUCGCCAUCAUCGCAAAACUCGACCAGCAAUGCCUCGAAGCCAACAUUGAAGAAAACGACUUCACCACCUACACCUACGACGAGCUCUCCUACGAACUCGGACUGGUGAAGAGCAGCGUGCAGAAGAAAAUGGCCUUCCUCGACAACCAAAUGGUCGCCCGCAACAUGACGAACCUCACGCCCAUCCAGCUCGAAGAAUUCGAAUCCGUCUUCCGCCACUUCGACCGCGACUUAUCCAACAGCCUGCAGGAACUCGAGUUCUCCGCCGCCCUCGCCUCCCUCGGUCUCGUCUACGACGAGCAAGAAAUGCACGAGCGCUUCGUUGAAGUAGCCGGCCGCGGGGGCAGCGUGAGUUUCGAGCAGUUCAUCCGCUUCAUGGUGGACGUCACCGAGGACCAGAACACGGCGGAGCAGGUCUUUGAGUCGUUCCGGGAAGUGGCGGACGGGAAACCGUAUGUGACGGAAUUGGAUCUGACGCAUAGUUUGAUUCCCGAUGAGUUGGUGCAGCAGUUGGUGGAGAGUAUGCCGAAGCAUCGGGGCCCGGAUUUGCAGCAGGAUCGCGCGUUGGAGAAGUAUGAUUAUCGGAAGUUUAUGGAGAGGUUUAUGGGCGGGAAGGGGGAGGCGAAUGGGGGGCAUGUGUAG